AUGAAUUCACAUAUUAAUUUGCGUUUUGGCAGUUCUGAAAAUGGCAUUAGUUCUAAUGAUAUAGAAAUAGAUAAUAAAAUUAAAACUGACAUUGAACCGGCAAAUCAUAAGAGUCAUGUGUCGUUAAAUCUGCUUCGAUUUGAAGUUAUGCCUAAACAUUUACAAUUUAACCCGUUUGUGCAUACUGGUUACAGACCUAUUAUGAAUACUUGGGACUGUAUUGUAAGCCUUACUUAUUUACAUAAUGAAACCAUUAAUAUUCUAUCACAUGGUUUACCUCUUCUUUAUGCCAUUUGGAGCCUGCCAGGUUUGUUGCCUUGGAAUGAAAUGCCACUGCCAAUAUUACCUUAUUUUCAUGCUGCAGCAACCGUCUGUCCCUGGCUUGGUAGUUCUAUUUAUCAUUUGUUCAUGAAUCAUCAUUCUGGGUUCCCUACUUAUGAACGUCUUUUGCAAUGGGACGUUGCAGGUGUUUGGGUUACUCAAAGCUGUGGUGGAUUUACAUCUGUCUUUGUUGGUACCAUCUGUUUGCCUUGGCCUAUAAGAUAUACUUUGUUACUUAUAUAUUCAACAUUUGCUUUAAAAGCUUUACAUGCUGCAGUAUUUGCAGUUGGACCGUGGGAACGGAGAAUUAGUUUUGCUGCAAUGUUCAUCAUGCGCUUGUGUAUCUUGUGUGUUAGAUAUACAUCUUAUGGUGGUGGACAUCCUGAGGCCUUUUAUCACGUUUUCAUGCAAGACUUCUGGUCUUUGGUCGGUGCUGUUAUAAGUGCUUCUCUAGUUCCCGAAAGAUGGUUGCCUGGAAAGUUUGACUAUGCAUUUAACAGCCACAAUAUAAUGCAUGUAUUGGUUGUUUUAGGAGGACUUCACAUGCAUUGGGCCAUGCAAAAAGAUUUCAAAUGGGUGGCUGAAAAUCAGUGCCCUAAUUGAAUAUUGCCUUAUUACAGAGUUAAAAAUUAACUUU